AAUAUAACUGCUCGAAAUCGAAUGGAGGUUGUCCAGAAGAAGUUUAACCCUAGAAAGAUGAGGAAAUCGUUGAUCCCGGUGUUGUGCUUACUAGCGGUAGCAGCUGCUAAAAAUCCCCAAUGCACCAACGGGGAGGACCUCGUCUAUCUAGCAGACGAAAAUUGCGCCAGGUACUUUAUCUGCUUCCACGGUAUACUUCGACAGUUUGAAUGCCCGGAUCAAAUGGUUUUCGAUGCUACAUCCUGUUCGUGUGUUGCGGGGCACUGUAGCGAUUCCAAGAGCAUCUUUGGAAAUUUUCAACUAACAGAUGAACCGGAAAUCACUACGGAGGAAACGCCUUCGACAACGGUUACCGAGGUGACACCGACAACUACCUCUGAAGUAACGAUAACGACAACUACAGUAGAUAGUACUGUCACAACAACAACAGAUAGCUCUAGUACAACUACCGGAACAACUGAUGCAACAACAACGACGGUAGAUUCUUCAUCCAGCACAACUCCUGAGGAUAGUACUGUAACAACCACAGUGCAACCAACAGAUACAACCACUACCGAUGUAACGACAACGACCGUAGAUUCUUCGUCAAGCACAACUCCUGAGGAUAGUACUGUGACAACCACAGUGCAACCAACAGAUACAACCAAUACUGAUGUAACGACAACCACCGUAGAUUCUUCGUCAAGCACAACUCCUGUAACAACAACCACAGUGCAACCUUCAGAUACAACCACUACUGGGGGAGCUGAAACGACAACAACAGAAGGUCCUGGAACAACUACAGGAGCCACUGAUGUAACGACAACAACGGUAGAUCCUUCAACAACUACAGUUGAAUCUCCGAUCACAACCACCACCGAUGGAUCAACAACGACAACUACGGCAGGUUCUGACACUACCACUACACCAGGGGAUGGAACCACCACAACUGACGCUCAAACCACUUCUACAGCUCUUCCGCCGGUCGAUCCGUCGGACAUAUGUCGUGAAGUUAUAAUCGGUGUUCUGCCCCAUCCGAAUAACUGCUAUCAAUACUUUGUCUGCAUAUUCGGCUUCGGAAGGAUGGGUACCUGUGACGACGGUCAAAUUUUCACUACGUCUAAUUUAAUUUGUGUUGACGGCGAUAGGGAAACAUGUGAAGUGAGUAGAAGUACUGUAUGGAAUCACUGGAAAAUGACGGGUUGAAUUAAAUUUCAAAUAGGUUCAAAUAAACAAUAUCUGAUAUGGUUUAGCUAAUGGACAAAACAGUAAAUAGACACUAUGUGGAAUUGUA